AUGGUUUUGGUGCUUCAAGAAAGUAGUACAGAUGUGAGUGGAUCACUUAUAGUGUAUGCAGCUGUGGACAUAAACUCAAUUGAUGUGGUGAUGCGUGGUGGUGACUCAUCAUGUGUGGCUUUAUUGCCAUCUGGGUUUGCGAUUAUGCCGGACUGUGUGGGUGAGUCGGUUGCACCGGUGACCAAACCCGGGUCAGAAGGUGGUUCGUUGUUGACUGUUGGGUUCCAGAUUUUGGUCAAUGAUUUGCCAUCGUCUAAGCUUACAAUGGAGUCGAUCAACACAGUUAUUAAUCUUAUUUCGCGUACUGUUCAAGGGAUUAAAGAGGUGGUGAACUCUAACCAACAAGGAAGGCAGAUUAGUAGCUAG